GAGGGCUGCUGCCUCCGCCGGGCUCCUGAACUCCCGCGGGAAGCGGGUUAUCUUAACUGUGAAACAGACUGUUUCUACAGUUUCAGAUCCAGGCCUCGCCAUUUCUGUCUCCUCUGUCUCCACCUUCCUGAUGUCUCUUGGCUGGCCCGCUGGUGUGUGGACUUAUACAUGAUGAAUUGUGAACUUCUAGCCACAUGCAGUGCCCUGGGGUACUUGGAGGGAGACACUUAUCACAAGGAACCAGAUUGCUUAGAGAGUGUGAAGGACUUGAUCCGUUACUUGAGGCAUGAGGAUGAGACACGGGAUGUACGGCAGCAGCUGGGGGCCGCUCAGAUUCUGCAGAGUGACCUCCUGCCCAUCCUUACCCAGCACCGCCAGGACAAGCCUCUAUUUGAUGCUGUUAUCAGACUGAUGGUGAACUUGACACAACCAGCCUUGCUCUGUUUUGGCAGUGUGCCGAAGGAGCCCAGCUUCUGGCACCAUUUUCUGCAGGUGCUAACUUAUCUGCAGGCAUACAAAGAGGCCUUUGCCAGUGAGAAGGCAUUUGGAGUCCUCAGUGAAACCUUGUAUGAGCUGCUGCAACUGGGCUGGGAAGAACGGCAGGAGGAAGACAACUUGCUGAUUGAACGGAUCCUACUUCUGGUCAGAAAUAUUCUCCAUGUCCCAGCUGACCUUGAUCAGGAGAAGAAGAUUGACGAUGAUGCCAGUGUUCAUGACCAGCUUCUCUGGGCGAUUCACCUCAGUGGCCUGGAUGACUUGCUGCUUUUCCUGGCCAGCUCACCAGCUGAACAGCAGUGGAGCCUCCAUGUGCUCGAGAUUAUCUCCCUCAUGUUUCGUGAUCAGAAUCCUGAGCAGCUGGCAAGAGUGGGGCAGGGACGUUUAGCUCAGGAGCGGAGCACAGAUGUGGCAGAACUGGAGGUGUUACGCCAGAGAGAGAUGGCAGAAAAGAAGAACCGAGCCCUCCAGCGAGGCAACAGACAUUCUCGAUUUGGGGGCUCAUAUAUUGUCCAAGGGUUGAAAUCCAUUGGAGAGAGGGACCUCAUCUUUCACAAAGGGCUUCACAAUCUUCAAAACUACAGUACAGACUUGGGAAAACAGCCCCAGAGGGUACCUAAACGUCGCCAGGCUGCCCGGGAACUGUCUAUUCAGCGCCGCUCUGCCCUCAAUGUGAGGCUCUUCCUCAGAGACUUCUGCUCUGAGUUCCUAGAGAACUGUUAUAACCGUCUCAUGGGAUCAGUAAAGGAUCAUUUGCUUCGGGAGAAAGCUCAGCAGCACGAUGAAACCUACUACAUGUGGGCGUUGGCUUUCUUCAUGGCCUUCAACCGAGCUUCCUCUUUCCAACCAGCCUUGGUCUCUGAGACCCUCAGUGUGCGCACCUUCCACUUUAUUGAGCAGAACCUUACCAAAUACUAUGAGAUGAUGCUGACUGACCGCAAGGAGGCUGCCUCCUGGGCACGCCGGAUGCAUCUGGCUCUAAAGGCCUAUCAGGAGCUGCUGGCCACAGUAAAUGAGAUGGACAUGUCUCCAGAUGAGGCUGUGAGGGAGAGUAGCCGAAUCAUCAAGAACAACAUUUUCUAUGUGAUGGAGUACCGAGAGCUAUUCCUGACUCUGUUCCGAAAGUUUGAUGAGAGAUGUCAGCCUCGGUCUUUCCUUUGUGACCUGGUGGAAACGACCCACCUCUUCCUCAAGAUGUUGGAACGCUUCUGUCGCAGCCGUGGGAACAUGGUGGUGCAGAGCAAACGAAAGAAGAGAAAGAAGAAGAAGAAGGUCCUUGACCAGGCCAUUGCUUCUGGUAAUGUCCCCUAUAACUCAAGAGAACUGGAGGCUGUGUGGCCAGCCCUGGCUGAACAGCUACAGUGCUAUGCCCAGGCUUCUGAGCUCAGCACAGUCUCCAUGGUUCCCUUUGAUGCGGCCUCAGAGGUACCAGUGGAGGAGCAGCGGGCAGAAGCCAUGGUACGGAUCCAAGACUGCCUCCUGGCAGGCCAGGCGCUGGAGGCCCUGACCCUCCUGAGGUCUGCCCGGGAGAUAUGGCCGGAAAGAGAUGUGUUUGGUUCUCAAGACAUUUCCCCAGAAGAAGAGGUCCAGUUGCUGAGACAGAUCCUCUCUGCCCCACUUCCCCGGCAGAAGGGGCCAGAGGAAAGAGGAGCAGAGGAAGAAGAGGAAGAGGAGGAGGAAGAGGAGGAGUUGCAAGUGGUCCAGGUGUCAGAGAAAGAAUUUAAUUUUCUGGACUACCUGAAACGUUUUGCGUGCUCAACAGUGGUCCGAGCCUACAUACUGCUGCUGCGGAGCUACCGGCGGAAUAGCGCUCACACUAACCACUGCAUUGUCAAGAUGCUGCACCGGCUGGCCCAUGACCUCAGAAUGGAAGCCUUACUUUUUCAGCUCUCAGUUUUCUGCCUUUUCAAUAGACUAUUUAGUGACCCUGCUGCUGGAGCCUACAAAGAGCUAGUGACUUUUGCCAAGUACAUCCUGGGCAAGUUCUUUGCACUGGCCACAGUCAACCCAAAAGCCUUUGUGGAGUUGCUGUUCUGGAAGAACACUGCAGUGGUUCGAGAGAUGACUGAGGGCUAUGGCUCCCUGGAUGGAGGGCCUGCCAGUCGCAGAGCCCCUACCUGGAGCCCAGAGGAGGAGACUCGUCUUCGGGAACUGUAUCUCACCCAUAAGGAUGUGGAAGGUCAGGAUGUGGUGGAAGUCAUCUUGGCACACCUAAAUUCUGCUUCUCGAACCCGCAAGCAGGUCAUCCACCAUCUGGUACAUCUGGGACUUGCUGACAGCGUCAAAGACUUCAAAAGGAAAGGAACCCAUAUUGUACUGUGGACAGAAGAUCAGGAGCUCGAGCUGCAGAGGCUUUUUGAGGAGUUCCAGGCCUCAGAUGAUGUCCUGGGCAACAUCAUGAAGACUAUCACAGCCAAACGCUCACGGGCCCGAAUAGUGGAUAAACUACUGGCUCUGGGACUAGUGUCUGAGCGGCGGGAGCUCUACAAGAAACGGCAGAAGAAGUUGGCACCUUCCAGCUUGCCCAGUGGAGAGGAGUCCCUGAAAGAUUUUUUCCAAGAUGAUCUAGAAGAGGAAAACCUGCCAGAGGAAGAGAGUGAAGAGGAUGAAGAGAAAUGGGAGGGCUCGGAAGCAGAACAAGUCCAAGGUAGUGGAAGUCAUUUUGGCGCACCUGAAUUUUCGACUAAGAACCUUGGUCAAAGCUUGCAUCAGGAAGGCUUUUCUGCUCCUCUCCUGUGGCUCCAGAAUUGCCUGUUUCGAGCAGCAAAUGAUCGGGAAGAGGAUGGCUGCUCUCAGGCAGUUCCACUGGUGCCGCUGACAGAGGAAAAUGAGGAAGCAAUGGAAAACAAACAGUUUCAGCUGCUGUUGUACAAGCUAGGGGUUCGGCCCCCUGCCUCUGAGCAGGAAACUUUCUGGCGAAUUCCAGCCAAGCUGAAUCCCUGCCACCUCCGGCGGAUGGCGGCUUCAUUGAGUCAGCCAGAGGAGGAGAAAGAGCUGCAGCCAGAGCUAGAACCUAAAACCCCUGGAGAGCAAGGCCCCAGUGAGGAGCAUGGGGAAGGGCACCGAGCACAAGCCUUGAAGGCUCUCUGGUUAGCCCGCAAAAAGAAAGCGGGCCUGGCAUCCUCCAAAGAGGAGGAAACUCCUAGUAGGAAAGAGCAGCUGACAGCAGCACCCAAGAAGCGACAACUGCUGGACAGUGAUGAGGAGCAGGAGGAAGAUGAGGGCAAGAAUGGAGCACCGGAGUUGAGAGCUCCAGGACUCCAAAAGAAGAAACGGUUUCAGAUUGAGGACGAAGAUGAGAGUGACUAAAGAGCCAGAAGAUGGUAAAUUGCAGUUAGACUUGGAAGAGUCAUACAGGACACAGAAACUCUUGUUACUGGACAGAAACAGUAGAGUCCUGAACUUUCUCAUGCAUUUAGGGUCAAGAAAUUUCAGCCACAGUGGUGGAUCCCCUGCUGUCAGUCUUUGCAUCUCCCAAUUGUAUUGGUAUAUCCCAGCAUCUCUCUGAAGAUUCAUUUCUCUUCUAGGAACCAUUUCUUUGGUAAUUAGAGCCCCUUGACAAAUGAGAGGAGUGAGUGAAAUACAGAAAACGUUGGCCUUCUCUUGGAGGUGGGUCCAGCACCAAAUGGGGGCUUUAUGACAUGAUGGGUCAGAAGGUACCAGAUGCCUCUGUCUUCUCUGAGCAUCCCCUAGACACCAGAUUGAGCCUGGUUCCUGCAAUUGAGAUAGGGCUGGAAUAUAGUACUCCUUGCACAAUGAAUGUUUCCUUUGUUUUUGAUAUUGAAUUAAACACAUAAAAUUAAAA